CGUUUUGUCGUAACAUGACAAAAUUUUCUUCUACACUCUUGUUCGUGCAGAGCAAAAUUAGAAGCACAGCAUCAAUUUAAGUUAAACUAAAUGAAAGAGUUUAUUAACGGAAAGUACUUGCUGCCAGUAAACUUGUUUGUAUGUUUUGUGGAUGUUCACUUUGAUUAGUAAAAUUCAAAAGGGCUUCAAGUACGUUAGCGCGUAGUGCUGUGAAAGUAACAAAAGGAAAAAAGAAGAAACGUGUAUGGGUCAGAAGCUGGAUUAAUUGUCGGAAUGUUUUACGAGCUUCUCUUCGAAAGAGAUAGCAACUAAAGAUGUUGGAUCCUAUAAUAAUUUUAUGAGGUUAUCCCCAAUAAUGUUUGAGAAAUUGUUAAACCUUAUUGAACCAAAAGUAACAUUUCGAUACUUAGCUACUGGAGACUGCUUGGCAUCACUGCAAUAUUUACACAGAGUACCGAGGUUCACAGUUUUAGCUGUUUUACCAGAGGUCCUUUUUGCAAUUUAUGAAGCCCUCGCUGACUAUAUAAAGGUUGAAGUUUUCCCAUCAUGAUAACUAUAAUAUUAGCUGGAAUCGUGCUCAGUAUUCUCUUCUGGUAUUUGUUGAUUAAACCAUUACAUUACUGGAGAGAUCUGGGAGUAAAACAAACCAAUCCUUGGGUGUUUUUGGGCGACAAUUGGGUGACUGUCUUUCGACGAAAAAGUUUCGAUGAAAUGAUAGUGUGGCUUUAUAACAUGUAUCCCAAUGAACGGUAUUCUGGUAUGUACCAAGGUUAUGUGCCAACAUUACUCAUUCGAGAUCCAGAGCUUAUCAAACAAGUGACCGUCAAAGAUUUCGAUCAUUUCACAGAUCACAGACCUUUUGUUGAUGCCAAAUCUGAUCCACUAUGGGGCAAAAACCUUUUCGCUUUGAAAGGACAAAAUUGGAAAGAUAUGAGAGCGACUUUGUCGGCCUCUUUUACAAGCAGCAAGAUAAAAUUUAUGUUCCAUUUGAUAGGCGAUACGUGUGAAAACUUGGUUCAAUUUUUCGACACGAAAAAAGAAGACCUUAUCGAACUUGAAGUCAAAGAAAUCUUCACCAGGUUAACCAACGAUGUCAUCGCCAGCGCCGCAUUUGGGAUUAAAGUUGAUUCGUUGGCCGAGCCCCACAAUGAAUUUUACCACAUGGGAAAGGCACUAACCAAUUUUUCCGGUAUUAAAAUGAUGUUGAAGUUCAUGGGAUUUUUUAUUGCGCCCAAAUUAUUGAACAUGUUCAAGAUAACGUUUUUCGACGCCAAGGUGUCAAAAUUUUUCACUCAAGUCAUCUCGGAAACGAUAAAAGCUAGGGAGGAAGGGGGUAUCGUUCGCCCGGACAUGAUUAACCUUCUACUGGAGGCCAGGAAAGGAUUAAAACACGAAAUCAGCGCAAAUGUAGAUACUGGAUUUGCCACUGUUCAAGAAUUCGACCUGGGAACAACGGCAAAGCCGCGCUUAGACCUCACAGACCAAGAUAUAACCUCGCAAGCUGUCAUUUUCUUCUUUGCCGGCUUCGAUGCAGUAUCCACAGCUAUGUGUUUUGCCCUCCACGAAUUGGCAUGUAAUCAUGAUAUCCAGCAAAAGCUGCGCGAAGAAAUUAUAAGCACGGCAAGCGAAUAUCCCAGAAUUACCUACGAUGGGCUGCUUAAAAUGAAAUAUCUGGAUAUGGUGGUGGCUGAAAUAUUGAGAAAGUGGUCACCUGGGGUUGCAACAGACAGAGUUUGCACCAAGCCUUACACUAUAGAGCCAGUAAAUCCGGGCGAGAAAGCGCUACAUUUGCCCAUAGGAACGACACUAUUUAUACCAAUGUUCGCCAUCCAUAGAGACCCCACAUAUUACCCAAAUCCGGAGAAGUUUGAUCCGGAAAGGUUUUCAGACGAAAACAAGGACAACAUCAAACCCUACACAUUCAUACCGUUCGGAUCCGGACCCAGAAAUUGCAUCGGGUCCAGAUUUGCUAUCCUGGAAGUGAAGGCGAUGUUGUAUCACCUGCUGUUCAAAUACGAAGUGGUGCCGACAGCCAAAACACAAAUUCCGUUGAAGAUCACUAAAAAAUCUCUGAAUUUUACUGCGGAAAACGGAUUUUGGUUUGGUAUCAAACGUAUACGUAAUGGUUCGGUGACUAUUUAAAAUUAUGUUUAAUGUGAUUUUAAAUUUUAAGAUAAAAAACGCGCAAAAAUACAGUUUGUUAUGAAAUUUCGUUUUUUUUCGAAUGAUAAAUUGUGAAAUUGUGAUACAUUAGAAGUCGGAUGAGUAAGAGGAGUAGUAGAAACAAGGAUUUGAUUAUAUCCAGAAAGACGUAUUAAUUCACUAAUACCCUAAGAAUUCAUUUCACAACUUUUCUUAGUACGUUAAUAAAUAAUAACAAUGCAAUAGAGCACCCUAUGAUU